CCAGAUAAGCUAGUCGUCCAGCGGAUUUUUGGUGACUUGAGGAUCCGUGCUCAAUACUGACAAUUUGUCGCCUCGAGCAACUCACUCGCAAUGAAAUAUCAUUGACACAUAUAUUUGCACUUUUGGUCUCAUUUCCAAUCAUUCUCUUUCCCUGUACUGGGCUUAGCGGUUCGACCGCUGCAUAUCCCCACCAUGAAGCCCUUCUCACUCCGUCUGCUCAUGUUCGCUGCUCUAUUUGUCCUUGUUGCGGCUUGGACCAAAGAAGACCAUGAAAUAUUCCAGCUGCGUGAUGAGAUCCUGUCAAGAGAAGGCGCGAAUGUGACUUUCUACGACGUCUUGGGCGUGAAAGCGAAUGCCAAUCAAGAUGAGCUGACCAAAGCCUACCGUCAGAAGUCGAAGCUACUUCACCCCGACAAAGUCAGACGAUCGUUCAUUGCCAACAGCUCCAAAGAUAAGUCACGAGCGAAAAACAACAAGGCAGGUGUCCACGUCAAUAAGGGCCCUUCAAAACGUGAAAUUGACGCAGCCGUCAAAGAGGCCCAUGAUCGCGCGGCCCGUCUGAACACCGUUGCCAAUAUUUUGCGUGGACCGUCUCGCGAGCGCUACGAUCAUUUUCUCAAGAAUGGAUUCCCGAAGUGGAAGGGUACCGGAUACUACUACUCACGAUUCCGCCCGGGCUUGGGCUCUGUCCUGGCUGGGCUUUUCCUGGUUUUUGGAGGUGGUGCUCAUUACGCCGCUCUUGUGCUGAGCUGGAAGCGCCAGCGGGAAUUUGUAGAUCGGUACAUUCGUCAAGCCCGCAGAGCUGCAUGGGGUGAUGAGACGGGUGUCGGAGGGAUUCCUGGAUUGGAUGGUGGUAUUGCUGCCGCAACUCCCGAAUCAACUACACCAAACCUGGAAACUGAGCCCAGUGCUUUGCCAAUGAAUCGCCGUCAGAAGCGCAUGAUGCAAAAAGAAAACCGCAAGGAGGGCAAAAAGAGCGCCGGUCGGACAACCACCGGUCGCAGCUCCGGGACUGUAACACCUACCGCUGAGGCCGUGGAGCCCACCGGCGAGAGGAAACGAGUCAUUGCGGAAAAUGGGAAAGUUCUCAUCGUGGAUUCCGUUGGUAAUGUCUUCUUGGAGGAGGAGUCGGAAGAUGGAGAACGCCAAGAGUUCUUACUCGACAUCAAUGAGAUCCCGCGCCCUACCUUCUGCGAUACUAUGGUAGUUCGCAUGCCCGGUUGGGUCUAUCAAAAGACCGUUGCCCGAGUGCUUGGCUCGCACAACACCGUAGCCGAUGAGUGCGAUGAUAUUGCUGAGAUAACUCCAGAUUCCGUGGAUGCGAUCAGCUCGGGUCCAACUUCCGGCAAGGGCGCAUCUAGGCGAAGAGCGAGGCGCACACAAAAGUUUUGAUCUUCUGGACCAUGUCUUGAAAGUAUGGUUUGAUCGUCACGUCCUAUUUGGGGAUUUCCUUCUGGAUUUGGUCAGACGGAGGUUGACGCGCCCGAUCUUAUGUAUACUAUCCAUUCGAUUACAGCUGAUUAGUUAUGAGUACAGUGUUCUGAAUACAUUCAGUAGCUA